AUGAACUUGGCCAAUGCCUUGCGGAACCUGGGCCGCCGCGACGAGGCGGUGGCGCUGGUGUGGGAGCAGAUCCUGUGGCAUCAAACGGGGCGAUCCUCGGAUGCCGCGGAUGUGGCGAUUCCGGUGGUGCAGAUUGAUUGCAGUCGAUGGAACGAGAGCCAGGAGGGCUGGGCGAAACGUCGCCUUGAACAAGAAGACGUUCACUUGUUGAUCGAUCUGAUCGACCUGGCGCAGAUGGUGGUGAUCUCCUCAUUUUGGUUGGGGUGCCUUGAGGUGCUGGAAGUUGAACAGGUGAACUAUGGUGAAGAGCGCUCGAGCGCCGCUGCCGCGGCGGACGCUCCACCGGACGCGGUGCUCGUGUGCCUCAAGUGGGGCCAGCGCUACGACGCCGCCUACGUGAACCGCCUCUGCGCGGCCGCCAGUCGACAGCUGCCGAGCGCGCCCCGCUGCGUGUGCUUCACGGAGAGCCCCGAGGGGAUCGACGCGUCGAUCGAGGUGCGGGAGUUGCCGGAGAAGUUCCACUUGUGGAUCAUCUCCCAGCUCGCUCCUGGGCAGGUCAUCGUGGGCUCCUUGGAGCCUUUGGCCUCCUACCGUGGCCCCUUUGCACUGCUCCGCACCGACGGCAUUGCCUGUGAGCUGGCCGAGGGCGGCUAUAACUCUUCGGUGCGGGGCGAGUGGAGUGGGAUGGAGCUGGGUAUGACAGGUGAUCUCUUGGACUGGCGGGCCCUUCUGGCGGCCUCUCUUCCAGUGCUUGACACCUUCAGUUCUCAGGUGCGGUAUGUGCACCGCUUUGAUCACUGGCUGGAAAUGAUGUUGAAAGGUGCAGACGUUUGGCAACAGAUUGCACCUGGCAAGGUCGUGGACUACACCACCGUCUUCCGUGCUGGCGUUUGCCUCGGCGCCGACGACGACGACGGCGCCUUCGCCGCCGGCGCCGCGGACGACGCCGCCGCGACGACGGCCGCACCGGCGGAGCCGCCGGAGGGCUGCGCGAUCGUGACGUUUCCGAGAAGCCCGAAGCCUCAUGAAGUCCUGGAGGAGCAUCGAUGGAUCCGGACACAUUGGGGAGAUGUCCUCAGCGACGUUAAGGAAGAAAAAAGGAGAGACGGACUGCGUCACGCUCCGGGCGACGGGGCGACGUGUCGCUCCGCUGGUUGA